GAGUCAGUAGAAAAACCCUAAAUUACUCUCCCCAGUCUUCCAAGGAAAACCUUACUCUUAGUCGUGAGAAAGUAUUUUAAAAAGUCCUCAGAACCUGGACUGAGCUGGGUGAAGCAUUAGCGCUUGAGGGCGCGGAAUUGGAAAGCGGCUUUUAAAGGGUGUUGUUUAAGCGCCCUCCCCCCUGCCCUCUGUUUGGGGUGAGAGGAUCCUCUGGCGGUGCUGGCAAGCUGUGCGUUCUGGCCUUCAUGGGGCCGCAUUUUACACUCUUGCUGGCAGCUCUUGCCAACUGCCUGUGUCCAGGGAGGCCCUGCAUCAAAUGUGACCAGUUUGUGACAGAUGCGCUAAAGACUUUCGAAAACACUUACCUGAAUGACCACCUGCCACACGACAUUCACAAAAAUGUAAUGAGGAUGGUGAACCAUGAAGUAUCGAGCUUCGGCGUAGUCACUUCGGCUGAGGAUUCCUAUUUGGGGGCCGUGGACGAGAACACACUGGAACAAGCAACCUGGAGUUUUCUGAAGGAUCUGAAGCGUAUUACAGACAGUGACUUAAAAGGAGAGCUCUUUAUAAAGGAACUAUUGUGGAUGCUUCGUCAUCAAAAGGACAUCUUUAACAAUCUUGCUAGACAGUUCCAAAAGGAAGUUCUUUGUCCCAACAAAUGCGGAGUGAUGUCGCAGACUUUGAUCUGGUGUCUUAAGUGCGAAAAGCAGUUGCACAUUUGUCGGAAAUCCCUAGAUUGUGGAGAGCGCCACAUAGAGGUACAUCGCUCGGAAGACCUGGUCCUGGACUGUCUGCUCAGUUGGCAUCGUGCUUCUAAGGGACUUACAGAUUACAGUUUUUACAGGGUUUGGGAGAACAGUUCUGAGACCUUGAUUGCCAAGGGGAAAGAACCAUAUCUGACCAAGUCGAUGGUGGGUCCAGAGGAUGCUGGCAACUACCGCUGUGUGCUAGAUACCAUCAACCAAGGUCAUGCCACCGUCAUCCGCUACGAUGUCACAGUAUUGCCCCCAAAGCAUUCAGAGGAAAACCAACCACCGAACAUCAUAACCCAAGAGGAGCACGAGACUCCUGUCCACGUGACUCCACAGACACCACCGGGGCAGGAGCCAGAGUCGGAGCUGUACCCGGAGCUGCACCCAGAGUUGUACCCGGAGCUCAUACCUACAGUCGCUCAAAAUCCAGAGAAAAAAAUGAAAACUCGCCUCUUAAUACUGUUGACCCUUGGCUUUGUGGUUCUUGUGGCCAGCAUCAUUAUCUCGGUACUUCACUUUAGGAAAGUCAGCGCUAAAUUGAAGAAUGCAAGUGACGAAGUCAAACCCACCGCGUCAGGAUCCAAGUCAGAUCAGAGUUUGUCCCAACAGAUGGGAUUGAAGAAGGCCUCUCAGGCAGAUUUUAACUCUGACUACUCUGGAGAUAAGAGCGAGGCAACAGAAAACUAAUAAAGAUUUGUAUUUGACUUA